AUGAAGAGACCCUCGCCCCCACGCCCGUACGCCCUUGCUGCCCCGGCCUCCUCAGGUGAGACUGCAAGGAUACUUGCAUCAACACAGUUUGAACUCACUACAGCUAGAAUGGCCUUCCCCUGCUUCGAUGCAAAUUUCUCCAUUAAGAUCAGAAGGGAGCCGCAGUGCUUGUACCUCAAUAUGCCUUUGGUGAAAUCUGUGACUAGUGUUAGAGCACUCUUAGAGGACCAUUUUAAUGUCAUUGUGAAGAUGAGCACCUAUUUAGUGGCCUUCAUUAUGUCAGAUUUUGAGUCUGUCAGCAAGAUUGCCAAGAACAGAGUCAACGGCACUUGCUGA